AUAAAUCUACUGGCACACUUUUCUCGGCGAUUCGUCAAACUUUAUCUGUCUGAACUCGAAUAAUAAAACAAAUAUAACAAUGACUAUUACUUCUACUUCUAUGAAACACAAUAAUUUUGUGAACGAGCCGAUGGGCGACAAGGAGGUGACCGAAUUGGCAGGCAUCAGCGAGAUGCUGGGAGAACGCCUUAACGAAGCGGGCUACGACAAGGCCUACGUCUUGCUGGGACGUUUCCUGGUGCUGAAGAAAGACAAGGAGCUAUUUAAAAACUGGAUGAAGGAGGUCUGCCAGGCCACCACCAAGCAGGCCCACGACUGUCACAAGUGCCUCAGCGAUUGGUGCGAGGGAUUCCUAUAAGUGGAAGCGCGCACGUGGUCGUCGUAAUAAUUUAUAACAAAAAAUAUACACAAUUCACUUAUACAAAUGGUUUAGAAGAAACUAUCAAAAUAUUAUAUUUUAA